AUGACUCCACAGUAUCUACCAGAAUACCGGGGCAAGCAUCCAAAAUGUGACUCACUGAUGGUGUUCUGCAAUGCGUGCGUCUGUGUGUCCACUGCGACAGGCACCAGUACAUUGGAUCAGAGUGUUGCUUUCCGUUGCAACAGACUUCAUCACAUCAGAAAUCGUACUCGUUUUCAUCCUUUUAAGGAAGUUCAGACCCAGGAAAAUUUCCAUAGUACCUUAAUGAAGAAGAUAGGUGUUGGAGGUUUGAUUUGCAGAGCAUGCAAUCUUGCAGUCCCCUUCCAUGGAUGUCUUUUAGACUUGGGAACCUGCCAGACAAAACCUGCUCAGUACUGUAAAAAAGUGGUCUACAUUAAAGGUGGCAUUGAAUGGUAUUCAGUUAAAGGCUGCACAAAGAACAUAACAGAGUGCUUCGAGAGAACUAACAAACUGCAUGAACUUGUAUCUACUCACUGCUGCCAUCGUCCUUUGUGUAAUUUCUGA